UUGGCUGGGUUCUAAGAGGCGGUUGGCGGCAGUUGGGCUGGCGGUUUAGCGGCGAAGGGGUCGGGGGGGCGACACGAGCCGGAGAGAGAAGCCGAAGCCCGGCGCGUUGGGCUGAGAGCGAAGCGACUGCGGCCCUCCGGAGACAAGCGCCGGGGAGGCGCUGGAGUUUCGCCCGCAGAUGGAGGCGAGCCUGACCUGCGCCGUGUGCCUGUCGCUGUUCGAGGACCCGGUCACGCUCCCGCGUUGCUCCCACAACUUCUGCCGUACCUGCGUGGCGGCCUGCCUCGGCCAGGAGCAGCCCGGGCCCGCGGAGGCCGAGCGCGACUCAGCCCCCGGCGACCUCUCCGUGGCCUGCCCGCUCUGUCGGAAGGUGUGCGUGCUGGCCGGGCGCAACGGCGUCGCCGCCCUGCCGGUCAACACCACCUUGGCCGAGGUGGUGAAGCUCUUCAAGGGCGGCGGGGACGCCUGGGCGCCGGGGGAGGCCGCGGUGCCUCAGCUGACCCCGCGCGAUGCCCCUUGCGGGAAGCACCCCGGCAGGCCCUUGCAGCUCUUCUGCCGGGUGUGUUGCCGGCCGGCCUGCGGGCAGUGCGUGACCGAGGAGCACCGCGGCGUCUUCCACUCCGUCAACCUCAUCGGCUCCCUUUACCAGGAGGAGAAAUUAAGCUUCUUCAACUGCCUGAAGGAAAUAAGAAAAUUACAUGAACAGCUAGUAAAGGAAGUAGCAGAUUGCCAAGACAAUAUGGAGACACAAGUGCAUAAUGAAGAGGAGAUAAUUAAAAGAGAAUUUGAAAAAAUCUGUAAGAUACUGGAAGUGAAAAAGAAACAGUUUCUUGAUGAUCUUGCAAGCCGGAAAAAAAAGAGAGAAAAGGAAUAUGAAAUCUGGAAGAAAGCGAGGAAUGCUUACAGGAAAACAAUUGAGAAGUAUCUGAAUGAGUGUGAAAAGAUUGCAAAUGAAUGUGAUCCCCAGCGUUUCUUAGAGGUUGCAUGCAACUUGAAUCAUAGGAUGAAGACCCAGAUCGACCUGAUGCAAUUCUCUUCCCACUAUGAAAAUUUACCAGGAUACAAAGAAAUGUGUAUGGAUGCCACACCUAUAGUUAGUAGCAUCUCUGCCUUGCACCUCACUCCUGUUAAUAUUGAUGCUUUUAAAGCAGACGUUCCUUGUCUUGAGUUUGGGAACACUGAAGAAAACUCAGAACAGGAGAAAAUACAGAAUACCUUCAAUCCUGUGGCAGAAAUUGAUGUAUUGCACGAUGGGAAGAUGAUCUAUACUCGACUUAUGUCUAUAUCAGACAUGCCCGAAUUUGGAAGAAUGAGCCAUGAGGAAGUACGUUAUAAUUAUUAUAUAGCCCAUCAAGUGCAUUCAUGUAACUUGGAGAGACAAACACCUGCCUCACCUUUAAAUGGAAGCUGCACAUUUCCAGAAUCUUCCUGUUCAAGCAUCAGAGCUCCAGAAGCUCCCCUUUUUGCCUUUAAUGCUAAAGCAAGUAAUCUUAAACUAAAACCACAAGUGCCGCAAAGACAACGUGUCAAUGAAACCAGUUUUUCAAAGUCACGUGGUUAUAUUUUCAGCACUCCAGCUGUGAAGUUGAAUUUCUCCAGCUUGAACAAUAGUUUAAAUGUAUUUAACGUGCAAGGAUCUCAGAAAGACAGCCAGAAAACUGCUCUCUCAGAAAAAACUGAUCCCUUGUUUACAAAAGUACAAGUUCCUCAAGCGCAUGCAGCAGCGCUUUCCUUUGGACCACAAACCUCACUUACUGUAUCACCACAUUUAUAUCAAGUGGCAAUGCCUUCUGCAGCUGUUUUGAAUCAGCACCUAUCAGGUGCAGUUACAGAGUGUUCAGCUCCAACUGUUUUUUCCAGUUCAAGUGGAAAGGAGCCAAACUCCCCUCUCAAAAAUGAGAAAUCUUCCACUUUUUUGCUAGGAAAACUUGAAAGCCAAAGUGGCAACAUAUACAACAUAAACUCUCCAACUUCAAUCAUAGUUUCCUCUAGUACCACCACCGUUCCUUUGCCCGAGUCAUCAAAUGGUAGAAAACCCUCUUCCUCAACUUUUCCUACCACUUCUGAAAAUGUGUUCAGCCAGCCAAACAAACAGCAUAGCUCACAUUCUCUCCCAGUUCAAAACAAAACCCAAGAAAAUGAAAUGCGCUGUGAGAGCAAGGAGCAUCGUCUUGAGAAUUACUCUGGUAAGAAAUUACCUGGUAACGUCAGUUUCCCCAAUAGUUUGCCAUACAAAACUUCUGGCUGUGUUCCUUGGGAAGAUUGUGGUUCAGGAAAGCAGCCUGCACAUGGUAAGGUCUCUUUAAGUUUCUUUUGGGAGACCAAUGCUAUGCCUGUGUUUUCUUUGCCAGGUUGUGUCAAAAAUAAUCGUGACACUCAGACCUCUUCUCAUAAAACCAAAAAUCCAAUCGACAAAUUAAGAAAGAAAUCAAAUGACCUAAAAAAAUCAACUGUAGAAAAAUCUAUACCCUCCAGCAAUACUAAACAAAUUAGAAUUCUAACGCGAAGCUCUUCCUUUUGCUUUAUGGAAAAGGUGAAGUCUGAAAGUAUCCUUGUUCCUCAGGAAAAUGUUACUCAUAAUAGUGCUGCAAACAAAACUUCAUUUGCAGAUGAUUCCACAGAACAAAACAAUCAGUUCGAAAAUCCUCCAAGGAAUGAAAAGCUUAAGGAAGAUGAUGCAUUAAAGAAUGAGACAAGUUACAAAAAUACAGAGCCUGAUGGAGAAAAUCUAAGUCAAGCAUAUAAAUGACUCACAUUCCAUCCAAAUAUUUUUGUGUUGCUGAAGACAAAAUGCUUUCCAGAUUAAAAUUUGGCCCAUAGCUACAGAAUAAACCUAGCUAACUGAAUAUUAUAAAUGUUGAAAUUACUAAUUUUUCCCUGGAAGUAAUAUCAAAUUUGCUCCCUACCCUAAAAUAUUUUUAGUAGUAUCUGGUAAAACGCGAGUAAAAGCUGUUUCUUCUAUGUACUUCUCAAACAGUUACGCUGCUUUUUCAUUAGGAAUAAUGUUUGUAUUCCAGCAAACUGGUGUACCCACCCCUUGAAGUGUAGGACUCAAUUCUGCAUGAACUAUACGGCUCGUGGUUUGCACACCUAUCAAUAGAAAAACCCUUCUUUCUUGCAUCUUAAAUAAAUACUAAUACUUGUUUUAUAUCCAGAAUUUUCUCAGUGAUGGCCAGCCUGUAAAACUCUCACUGAGUUUGGGUAUGUAUGUUAGAGAGCUGUUCUCCAAGCUUCUGAAUUAUAGUCCUAACUAUAAGCAGGAAUGGCACAGCCUAUACCCCAAGAACAGGAGCUCAGCGAACCUGGGAGAUGCAGUGCUGUAAUAAACUGCUUUACAAUUAUCACUGUGCCUCAUGCCAAUGUAUUUUGUGAAUCUGAACAGCCUGUGGCAGCAAUAUUCUUUAUUUCCUUAAAUAAAUUCUAAGACUGUG